AUUACUCAGUGGUGAGAAGAGACAUCAAGGAGAGCCUAGUGCGGAGGAGGGAGAAGCCCAUUGCCUCGGAUCUGGCCCACUCUGUCUCAGAGGGGAGACGGCUACCCAGAUAGACUGCGAGCGUCAGAACCGGGAUGAACAUUGAAGUUGGGAACGUGUCUCACACGGGAGCCAUCAUCUCCUGGUCGUCCUCGGAGCCCUGCUUGGAGGACUAUUACCAUAUUAUGUACAGGCCCAACUGGAACAGCAUCUUCUCUGGCUACCUGCGCUACAGCUUCCAUCACGAGGAGAAGGUGCCUCGAACCAUCACCUCCGUGGCACUGGAACACCUCGCUCCUUCUACUCUCUACUUCCUCUGUAUCAGCUGCAAGAAGGCUGCCUUCCCGUACAGCCACUACUGUACCAUGUUCCACACCCUGGAUAAGAGCCCGCUGGCUGCGGGGGGCUCCCUGGUGGACCCCCAAAUUUCUCUCUGGGUACUGAUGGCCAUCCUGCUGGCUUGCUUCACUGCUGUGUUGGCCUUCAUCUGCCUCCAGUUCUGGUGCAUCCGUUGUCACGAGCCUCGAUGGUCUUACAGAGCUGGCCACAUGGAGGAAGCCAAUGGGUUGGUAAGAUGGCCCGAGGAGACACCUGCUCUUGGUCAGAGGGAAGAAGAUCUGCAGGGGCUCCCCCUGGUGGAACUGCCACGCAAGAGCUCUGGGGCCAGAGCUGAAGCGGAACCGGAAGCUGAAGCCAACCGGAAUAUGGUGGUCUUAGCUAGAGAGGGCGGUGACCAACCAGCCAUACUGCCUCACUAUAGGGCGUGA